AUGUGUUUGUUGAGAGUGUGUAUUCUUCUCUUCAUGGUGGUCUCCUGUAGUGCCGAGUGCUACAUUCGAAAACCUGAAGUCGAUUUGUCAUCUGUCGAUGACAUAACAAACCAUCUACAAGGUUGUGUGGACUCUGAUGAAGUAAUCCAUGACUUCAACUCUGAAUGGGAGAAGGACUGUUACAACUGUACUUGUGCACUAUUUGGCAUUAGAUGCUGUAACAAGAUCCCAACAGCAAUAGAGCACCCUGAUGAAUGUGAGAUGGUUGUUGACAAAACAACCUGCUCCUUCACUCUAGCACUUGCUUCAGACCACAGCAAACCAUGCCCAUUUGCCUAA